CAAUGUCUAACGUAGCUAACUAUUGGAAAGAAUAAGCCUAGCUUGAUUGCCGUGGUACGUGGCAAUACACCAAUACAUGGAGAGAUGAAGGGUGCAAUGAAGCUUAACUAGUGGCUGGUGGAUUGCGUAGCACCCCAAAUUCCAUGGCCAUCUUCCUCACCAAAACUUGUAUCUUUCACCCCCUUUCUAUUUCACUCUCCAAAUCCAUCACCCCAAAUUUUCCACUCUACAAAAUCCACCCAAUUUCAUUUUCUGUCAAAGCUACCAAGAUGGAAGAAAGUGAAAUAAAGGAGGUUGGAGAAGCAGGAGGGAGUACCCAGAAGAAGAUAUUUGUAGCAGGAGCUACUGGAAGCACUGGAAAAAGAAUUGUGGAGCAGUUGUUGGCUAAGGGUUACUCUGUUAAGGCUGGAGUUCGUGACUUUGAGAAGGCGAAAACAGCCUUUUCAACUAAUUCUGCCCUUGAAAUUGUUAAAGCAGAUGUUACUGAGGGUUCAGACAAGCUAGCUGAAGCCAUAAGUGAUGACUCAGAGGCUUUAAUAUGUGCAACUGGAUUCCAACGCUCAUGGGAUCUGCUGGCUCCGUGGAAGGUGGAUUAUUACGGAACUCUCAACCUUGUUGAAGCAUGUCGCAAGCGUGGUGUCAAGAGAUUUAUUCUUAUUAGUUCCAUCUUAGUCAAUGGUGCUGCAAUGGGGCAGUUGCUUAAUCCAGCCUACAUCUUUCUUAAUGUAUUUGGACUUGUAUUAGUUGCAAAGCUACAGGCUGAAAAUUACAUCCGGAAAUCUGGCAUAAACUACACAAUUGUACGGCCUGGUGGAUUGAAAAAUGAUCCUCCUUCUGGAAAUAUAAUCAUGGAGCCAGAGGAUACUCUUUCUGGAGGCAGUAUAUCAAGGGAUCAGGUAGCUGAAGUUGCUGUUGAGGCAUUAAAUCAUCCCGAGGCUUCUUACAAAGUAGUAGAGAUAAUUGCUAGUCCAGAUGCUCCUAAACGGUCGUUUGAAGAAUUAUUUGGUGCUAUCAAGCAACAGUGAUUUUGUUGCAUUUUCUUAAGCAUGGUUUGUCAUACUUGAUAAUGUGUACAAAAGUUUGCCAUUUUUCAAUAUUUUUAGUGAUUAUAUUGAUGUAGUGUGAAACUGUGAACUUCCGCAAUCACCCUUCUGUAUACAUUAGCUGACAAUAAUCAGCCGAGUUGUGCAACUCAUCUGUUCUCAGUGUGGUCAGCUACUUCUAUCAGUCGGAUCUUGAUUUUGAUAAUAUUUUUUGUUUUCACUUAAAUAAUCUCAUACAAUCGUUUACAA